UCGCUUGUUUUCCAUCGUUUUCGGCUUCAAAGUUUAUUUAGGGAUGACGUCAAAGUAAACCUAAAGUAUAGAUAGUUCCAGAAUUGUCUAAACACGGGAACAAUUACAACUCAAUUCCAACAAUUACCACUUUAAAUGUAUGCGGGGUUAGUAUACCCACGAUUUAAGUAGCACUAAUUUAAGUAGCACUAAUACUACUACUACUACUAUUUCUACUACUAUUAUUAUUAUCGAACGAAGUAAUAUAUAUAUUGUCUGCAAAGACGCUAUUAAAGUCACGAAGAGGUUGUUUAUCAACAGGCUCUUUAUUGCUAAUAAAUGGCUACAUAUGGAAAUAUGGCAAUCCAAUCUGUGACUCGAAGGAGAGAACCGAGCCCCUGUCCAAACUCGUCUCCUAAUGCAAAAUACGGGCGGCGAAUUUCAGUCCAUUUUCCAGACCAUGUUGAGGACCUUGAUCACCUAUCAAGGUGAAACGAUGAAAGCAACCACGAGAUGGCGACACAACGCUGCAGAAAGUCACAGAGUCCAUGCCAGACCGGACCCACACACCAGGGCAACCACUGAGUCUGUGUUCUUUCAACAAGGCCCAAGUCCCGCACGGAAGCAGACAUGGCCAACAGCUCUAUCCGCGGCUCCAAACAUGGCCGCAGCGAAGCCUACCUGGACACAGAGUUCAGCUGCUCGCUGAAGGAGCUGCGCUCACUCAUGGAGCUGCGAGGAGCUGAGGCCCAGACCAGGAUCCAGGAGUGCUAUGAAGAUGUGAACGGACUUUGUGCCAGACUCAGAACCUCCCCUGUUGAAGGUUUAGAUGGAAACUCAGAGGACAUCGACAGAAGGAAGGAGGUGUUUGGACCGAAUGUCAUCCCUCCCAAAAAGCCAAAAACCUUUGUGCAGUUAGUGUGGGAAGCCCUGCAGGAUGUGACACUCAUAAUCCUGGAAGUGGCUGCCAUCAUUUCACUUGGCCUUUCUUUCUACAGACCGCCGGAUGCCGACAGACAGAGUUGCGGCAAGGCGGCGGGCAGCAUGAGUGAUGAGGACGAGGCGGAGACCGGCUGGAUCGAGGGCGCCGCCAUCUUACUGUCAGUGGUCUGUGUGGUCCUGGUGACGGCCUUCAAUGACUGGAGCAAGGAGAAGCAGUUCCGUGGCCUCCAGAGUCGCAUUGAGCAGGAGCAGAAGUUCACCGUGAUGAGAGGAGGUCAGGUGGCGCAAAUCAAAGUGUCAGAGAUCGUCGUCGGCGACAUCGCGCAGGUCAAAUAUGGUGACCUCCUCCCUGCCGACGGCAUCCUUAUCCAAGGCAACGACCUGAAGAUCGACGAAAGCUCACUGACCGGAGAGUCGGAUCAUGUCAAGAAGAGUCUGGACAAAGAUCCGAUGCUGCUCUCAGGCACCCACGUAAUGGAGGGCUCAGGCAAGAUGGUGGUGACGGCGGUGGGCGUCAACUCACAGACGGGUAUCAUCUUUGCCCUGCUGGGCGCUGGAGAGGACGGCGAAUGUGGCGAUGACGACAAGGUUGAAAAAGAGAAGAAGAAGACGAGCAAGAGGAAAGAAGAGCGCAAGAAGAGGGAGAAGAAGGACAAGAUAGUUGACGUAUUCAAAGAUGGAGCCACCGUGGAGCUACAGCCCCUCAACAAGGACGUAGAACAUGAGAAGAAGAAAAGCAACCUCAGAAAGAAGGAGAAGUCGGUCCUCCAGGGGAAGCUCACCAAGUUGGCCGUGCAGAUCGGCAAAGCAGGUCUCUUCAUGUCGGCGCUCACAGUCCUCAUCCUCAUCACCCGCUUCCUGAUUGAUACCUUCUGGAUUCAGGGUGUUCUCUGGACCAGCGAGUGUGUGCCCAUCUAUGUCCAGUUCCUGGUCAAGUUCUUCAUCAUUGGCGUGACGGUGCUUGUGGUGGCCGUGCCCGAGGGUUUGCCUCUGGCCGUCACCAUCUCCCUGGCCUACUCUGUCAAGAAAAUGAUGAAGGACAACAACCUGGUCCGCCACCUGGACGCCUGCGAGACCAUGGGCAAUGCCACUGCCAUCUGCUCGGACAAGACAGGCACGCUCACUAUGAACCGCAUGACGGUGGUGCAGGCCUACAUCAAUGGCUGUUACCAUAAAAAGGUGCCAGAGCCCGGUCUCAUCCCCGCCAAGGUUCUGGACCUGUUGGUUCUGGGGAUUGGGGUCAACUGCGCCUACACCACCAAGAUUAUGCCUCCAGACAAAGAGGGCGGUCUGCCUCGCCAGGUGGGCAACAAAACAGAAUGUGCCUUACUGGGACUCACCUUGGACCUACGGCGGGACUACCAGAGCGUCCGCAAUGACAUCCCAGAGGAGAAGCUCUUUAAGGUGUACACCUUCAACUCAGUGAGGAAAUCCAUGAGCACCGUGCUGAGGAACCACGAUGGGAGCUACAGAAUGUUCAGCAAGGGCGCCUCUGAGAUCCUGCUCAGAAAAUGUUGCAAGAUUCUGAUGGAAAAUGGUGCAGCCAAAGCCUUCAAACCUCUCGACAGAGAGAAGCUGAUGAACACAGUGAUAGAGCCCAUGGCAUCCGAGGGCCUCAGGACCAUCUGCCUCGCCUACAGAGACUUUACCGCCUCUGACGAGCCGGACUGGGAUAAUGAGAGCGACAUCCUUGCUGGGCUCACCUGCAUUGCCGUGGUUGGCAUUGAGGAUCCUGUACGACCUGAGGUGCCAGAUGCCAUCAAGAAGUGUCAGCGUGCAGGCAUCACCGUGCGCAUGGUGACCGGGGACAAUAUCAACACAGCGCGGGCCAUCGCCACCAAAUGUGGCAUACUGCAGCCCGGCGAUGAUUUCCUGUGUCUGGAAGGCAAAGACUUCAACCGACGCAUUCGCAACGAGCUGGGGGAGAUUGAACAGGAACGUAUCGAUAAGAUCUGGCCCAAACUGAGAGUCCUCGCCAGAUCAUCUCCAACGGACAAACACACUCUGGUCAAAGGCAUCAUCGACAGCACCGUGUUGGACCGGCGGCAGGUCGUCGCAGUAACAGGAGAUGGUACCAAUGAUGGCCCUGCCCUCAAGAAAGCGGAUGUCGGCUUUGCCAUGGGCAUCGCCGGGACAGAUGUGGCCAAGGAGGCGUCAGACAUCAUCUUGACAGACGACAACUUCAGCAGCAUCGUGAAGGCCGUCAUGUGGGGCAGGAACGUCUACGACAGCAUCUCCAAGUUCUUGCAGUUCCAGCUCACCGUCAACGUGGUCGCCGUCAUCGUGGCUUUCACAGGCGCCUGCAUCACACAAGACUCCCCCCUGAAGGCGGUGCAGAUGUUGUGGGUCAACCUGAUCAUGGACACCUUCGCCUCCCUGGCGCUCGCCACUGAGCCGCCCACUGAAGCGCUCCUGUUCAGGAGUCCGUACGGACGCAGCAAGCCGCUCAUCUCUCGCACCAUGAUGAAGAACAUCCUGGGCCACGCUGUCUAUCAGCUGAUUGUCAUCUUCACGCUACUGUUUGUUGGUGAGAUGCUGUUUGACAUCGACUGUGGCAGGGAUGCACCACUGCAUGCCCCACCGUCCGAGCACUACACCAUCAUCUUCAACACCUUCGUCCUCAUGCAGCUCUUUAACGAGCUCAACGCCCGCAAGAUUCACGGCGAGAGGAACAUCUUUGAGGGAGUCUUCAACAACCCCAUCUUCUGUGCCAUCGUGCUUGGGACCUUCCUUAUUCAGGUGCUCAUUGUGCAGUUUGGAGGCAAGCCCUUCAGCUGUGUGAGUCUGAGCAUAGAGCAGUGGCUCUGGUGUGUCUUCCUGGGCUUCGGCAGCCUCCUGUGGGGACAGCUGGUGUCUAGCGUCCCCACCAGCUGGCUGAAGUUCCUGAAAACGGCGGGUCAUGGUACCAAGCAGGAGGAGAUCCCAGAGGAGGAGCUGGAAGAGAUGCAGGAUCUGGAUGAAAUUGACCACGCUGAGAUGGAGCUGAGGAGGGGUCAGGUGCUGUGGUGUCGCGGCCUCCAACGCAUACAGACUCAGAUCCGCGUGGUGAAUGCCUUCAGGGAUAGCGUGUCCCCAUACGAGAACUUGGAGACGCCCAAGUCCCGCAGCUCCAUCCACAACUUCAUGACUCACCCAGAGUUCCGAAUCGACGACUCAGAGACUCAGAUCCCACUCAUUGAUGAGCUGGAGAGCGAGGAUGACGCACCCACUAAGCGCAACUCCAUUGUGGCCCCGCAACUGCUCACCUCCGCACCUCCCAUCCAUGCAUCACGGGGCCAAAACAACAGCGCAGCGGAGCGCCCCCUGCCGCCGCUGAAGGACAGUUCCAGGGCUGCUGGUCUGAGUUCCGCCAACUCUGCGGGGGUGCCGCCUUGUCCAGGAAGCCCCCUUCACAGCCUAGAGACGUCGCUCUGACGCACCGCCCCAUUCACGACCACUUCCUGUGACAUCCUAGGAUGUGUUCAAACAUUUUAAGGACCGACUCAACUGGAAACGCUUCCAUGCUCCAACAAGGCGGCGGCCUCACGCAGACAUUCCCUCUAUACAUAAAUAGACAGGAACUCUGCAGUUGUUGUUUAGCACAAGAAUAUUUGUCAGAUGGUCAAUAACCAAUAAUCAUGUCUUCAUGUGUACACAUGGUCAAACAUAGACUUAGAUUGGUAACUCGAUGGAGAUGUGACUUUGUGUCUGUAGACUCGUGGAAGUUCAUUUUUGGUGUUUUUGUAAAAAAAAAAAAAAAGCAAA